AUGGGUCAGAAGAUGAGCUACAACGACGUCCAGAACUCCCACAAGCCCAAGGGCUACAACCGUCCUCCUCGCAUGCCGUGGUACCCCGCGGAGUAUGACCACCCUUCGUCCAUUGGGUACUCUGGCUACUCGAACAUGGGAUACAGGGACAGGGAGCACGCCGUCCAGACGUACAUUAUCCAGCACCCGGACUACACGGGUGGUGUCCCUCACACCUGCUCUGGAGACAAGUACGGGCGUAACCGUGGUUCGUUUCGCCAGCCUGCACGCCAGCGCCAGCCGGCCCAACAGUUCAUCAAGAAGCCUCCAAUCGCCGUCAGCCCUCCUGCUGAGGUCCUCGACCGCACCUAUCCCAUGGUGACCGCAAGCCAGUCCCGCCGUCCGUUGGACCAGUUCAACUAUGCGGGCAAGUGUCUGUGGACGGGGCUUCAAGGUCCCAACUUUGUUAUACCGCAUCCGUGCCCUGCUGGAGGGGUAUACCGCCACAUUGUCAACGGCAAAGAGGGGAAUUUCCACGAGAAGGAUUUUUACUGCAGGGUCACUGAGGUGGAGACCCGUGGCCCCAAGCGCCGCUUCUUUGAGUGUAUCCACUGUCAUCAGGAAUGGAACGGCUUCGAAAAGGCGUGA